UCACACAAUAGCAAAAAAAAAAAUCACAAAAAAUAUAAUAGAAAAAAUAAACAAAACUUUUUCUUACAAUCUUACAAUAAAAAAAAUAAAAAUAAAACUUUCUGAAGCAAAUAAUGAAAAAUAGAUACACUCGUAGUCUCUUUCUUCGAAGCUUCGGAUCACUUUAAACUAUUCAUAAGGUCAUGGCAUUGUGCAGACUUCCACUUGGUGAGGCUGUGGACUGCCUACUGUCAGAAAGGUCACAGCAGAAGGUCAUCAAGCAGCUGGGUCACCUGCUAACACCACACAGGUCACAGCAGGUCACCAGGAAGAAGAGGGGAAAGAUAAGGAGGAAGGGACAAGAUAAUGCUAAGACACAUGCCCUCAACAAGACAGGACAGGUCACCAAGAUACAGAAGAGAGGAGAGGUCACCAAGAAAGUCACCAAUCAACAGGUCACCAAGAUAAAGAUAGUGAGGCAAGAUAAGGACACACACAGCCUCACCAAGACACCAGAAGAGAGGGCACCAGUCACCAAGCCAGUCACCAACACAGCACCAGUCACCAAGCCAGACAUCACCCAGACAACCCCAGUCACCAAGAUAAAGACAGUGAGGCAAGAUAAGGACACACACAGCCUCACCAAGACACCAGUCACCAAGCCAGAGCACCAGUCACCACCAGUCACCAAGCCAGUCACCAACUCAACCCCAGUCACCAAAUCAAACCUUAAGGACACCAAACUGUACACAGAACCACAAAAUCUCACCAAUCCAUUAAUAAAAGCAGAAAAUGAGAGUCAGUCACCAGCACAAGUCACCAGGAAGCAAGAACAGGUGACUGAAGGCAAAAAUGGUGCUGGUGAGGUGAAAAUAGCAAGCACCAGGUCCAAAAAGAGGAUUAGGGUGAAGAUAAGAACAAUCACCAAGUCACCAAGCCUCACCAAAUUGAAGGGGAUUAAGAAACAAAUCACCAGGAACAUGAAACACAACAGGGUCACCAGGAGAGGCAAAAUGAUCACCAAAACCGCCAAAGAAUCAAACCAGGUCACCAAACCGACACACACAGACAAACACAGCAAAGUGGUCACCAAAACACAGCCAGUCACCACCGCACAGCACCACAGCAUCACCACAUUAUAUUGA